AUGUUAGAUAAUUCUUUCAGUUACUUCCCAUAUUAUUUCUUUUUUACUCUAUUCUUGUCAUCUAGUCUUUCUCUCUCUACACUUUCAGUCUCUGUUAACUUUUCUUUUUACUACAUUCCACUUACUCCCUUUUUUAACCUUUUCUCUUUUAUUUCCUCACCCUUUCGUUUCUCUCCCCCUUCUCUCUCUCUCUCUCUCUUUCUCUCGCGCUUUACCGCUCUUUGCCCCGAGAGGAAAUCUAUCUAUCUAUCUAUCUAUCUAUCUAUCUAUCUAUCUAUCUAUCUAUCUAUCUAUCAUCUUUUCAUUGUCUAUCUAUCUAUCUAUCUAUCUAUCUAUCUAUCUAUCUAUCUAUCUAUCUAUCUAUCUAUCUAUCAUCUCUUCAUUAUCUAUCUAUCUAUCUAUCUAUCUAUCUAUAUAUCACCUCUUCAUUAUCUAUCUAUCUAUCUAUCUAUCUAUCUAUCUAUCUAUCUAUCUAUUAUCUAUCAUCUUUUCAUUCUAUCUAUCUAUCUAUCUAUCUAUCUAUCUAUCUAUCUAUCUAUCUAUCAUUUCUUCAUUAAUCUCUUCAUUAUCUAUCAUCUCUUCAUUAUCUAUGACCCUUCAUUAUCUAUUAUCUAUCUAUCUAUCUAUCUAUCUAUCUAUCUAUCUAUCUAUCAUCUUUUCAUUGCCUAUCUAUCUAUCUAUCUAUCUAUCUAUCUAUCUAUCUAUCUAUCUAUCUAUCAUUUCUUCAUUAACCUCUUCAUUAUCUAUCAUCUCUUCAUUAUCUAUGACCUCUUCAUUAUCUAUCUAUCUAUCUAUCUAUCUAUCUAUCUAUCUUUCUUUUCAUUAACUAUCUAUCAUUAUCUAUCUAUCUAUCUAUCUAUCUAUCUAUCUAUCUAUCAUUUCUUCAUUAACCUCUUCAUUAUCUAUCAUCUCUUCAUUAUCUAUGACCUCUUCAUUAUCUAUCUAUCUAUCUAUCUAUCUAUCUAUCUAUCUAUCUAUCAUCUUUUCAUUGCCUAUCUAUCUAUCUAUCUAUCUAUCUAUCUAUCUAUCUAUCUAUCUAAUCUCAUUGUAAUCUCUUCGUUAUCUAUCAUCUCUUACCCAUCUUUAAUCUCUUCAUUAUCUGUCAUCUCUUAUCUAUCUUUAAUCUCUUCAUUAUCAUCUCUUCAUUAUCUAUUAUCCUCUCUUCAUUAUCUAUCUAUCUAUUUAUCUAUCUAUCUAUCUAUCUAUCAUCCCUUCAUUAUCUAUCUAAAUCUCUUCAUCAUCUACCUAUCAUAA